AUGUCCCAGGCAAGCAAAACUCACCUUGAUGAACUCCAGAUAGAACGUCUGGAGGAGAAGUGCAUUGUCAUUGACAAGCAGGAUCAGAUCAUUGGGGCUGACACCAAGAAGAACUGCCACCUCAUGGAAAACAUCAACAAGGGCCUGAUACACCGAGGCUUCAGUGUGGUCCUCUUCAAUACGAAAAACCAGCUCUUGGUCCAGCAGAGAGCAGAUACCAAGUACACUUUUCCUGGACAUUUUACAGAUUCCUGUUCUAGUCACCCUUUGUAUGUGCCUGAUGAGCUGGAAGAGAAGGAUGCUGUGGGAGUGAGGAGAGCAGCCCUGAGACGCCUGCAGGCUGAGCUGGGCAUCCCCCAGGACCAG